UCUACAUUAAACCACAUGUUGUUUCUGUUGUAUCUACAUGUAUCUACAUUAAACCACAGGUUCUGUUCUUAAGACUGAUGGGGAAGAGUGGGGUGGUAAGGAUUUUGCAACACUACUGGAGUUGGCAUAACCUUGUGACUAAGUUCACUUCCUGUUUUCAAUACUGGAGGGGAAUUCAAUGUUAUCCUUCUACCUUCCCAAUACCUUCCUCCAUGUCUCAUAUUCACUGUUAUCUUUCAGGAUUCCCAAAACAAUCUCUGUACAGGAUCUGAAUGUAUAACCUUUUGCAUGAGAACUUUCCUGCAAUGUAGGGAAUUUAAAACUUGUAGUGUAUUUGAGAUGAAUAUAAAAAGGUUUUUGGAGUUUGUAAUACAGACUACUUCCUCUGCAACAGCGUCAGAAAAUAUGGGAUUUCCUCAUGAAAUGUUUUUAAAUUUACCUUUAUUUUACCAGGCAAGUCAGUUAAGAACACAUUCUUAUUUUCAAUGACGGCCUAGGAACAGUGGGUUAACUGCCUGUUAAGGGGCAGAAUGACAGAUUUGUACCUUGUCAGCUCGGGGGUUUGAACUUGCGGUUACUAGUUCAACACUCUAACCACUAGGCUACCCUGCCACCCCAUUAUAAAUAAGUGUGUAGCUUACGCAGUUACAAAAUGGCUGUAGAAACAGUGGCACAGAUUUGUCUGCACAACUUGAAGUGGGAUAAAUGUUCUGAUUUGAAGGGAAGAAGGGCAGACUGGGGCCCUGCCUCUAAAAUGAGUCUCUCUGGGGGACAUGACACCGAAGAUAAGAGUCCAAUCAAGCAGGAGAGACCAGCCUCCCAUGGACCCAGCUGUGUGUCCAUGAAGAGUAACCAGUCUAUGGGUCAACCUCUAAACUUUAGAGAGGGAGACUUUUCUACUGAACAAAGAAACCAACAGGAGAGAUCAGAGUCAGAGAUUCUCAGUGGUCAGUCUUCCCAGAGUCAUCAAACAGACCUGGACUCCAUAUUCAGUAUGCUUGAAGAGAAAAUUAUGACAUUUGUGAAGGCCGAGCUGAAGAUUUUCAAGAGGAUUCUUAGUCCAGAACUCCCAGAAGGCUUUGAGAGUCAGAAGCAGGAUAAGGAAGUGGUGGAUGCUGAAGAUGAGAAGCAGGAGAGCAGUGCCAGAGAGGGGGCUCUGAAGAUCACACUGCACGUCCUGAGGAAAAUGAACCAGAAGGAGCUUGCUGACACACUGGAGAAAUAUGAGCUUGCUGUGAUUUGCCAACGUGAAAUCAAAUCUAAUCUAAAGAAGAAGUUUCAGUGUGUAUUUGAGGGGAUCGCGAAACAAGGAAACCCAACACUUCUCAAUAAGAUCUACACAGAGCUCUACAUCACAGAGGGUGGAACAGGAGAGAUCAAUAAUGAACAUGAGCUGAGACAGAUGGAGACAACAACCAGGAAACAAGCAAGACCAGAGACUGCAAUCAAAUGUAACGACAUCUUCAAACCCUUAACUGGACAAGACAAACUUAUCAGAACUGUGCUGACAAAGGGAGUCGCUGGCAUUGGAAAAACAGUCUCUGUGCAGAAGUUCAUUCUGGACUGGGCUGAAGGAAAAGCAAAUCAGGAUGUCCAAUUUGUAUUUUCAUUCCCUUUCCGGGAGCUGAAUUUGAUGAAAGAGUACAAACACACUUUCAUUGAACUUCUCAAUCACUUCUCAAUGGAAACCAAAGAUUCAAGAAUCUCCAACCACAACAAGUACAAAGUUCUGUUCAUCUUUGAUGGUCUGGAUGAGUGCCGACUACCCCUAGACUUCCAGAAGAACAAGAUCUGUUGUGACGUCACAAAGUCAACCUCAGUGGAUGUUCUGCUGACAAAUCUCAUCAGGGGAAAUCUGCUUCCCUCUGCUCUCCUCUGGAUAACUACCCGACCUGCAGCAGCCAAUAAGAUCCCUUCAGGGUGUGUUGACCAGGUGACAGAGGUACGAGGGUUCAGUGACCCACAGAAGGAGGAGUACUUCAAGAAGAGAUUCAGUGAUGAGAACCUGGCCUUCAGAAUCAUCUCACACAUAAAGACAUCAAGGAGCCUCCACAUCAUGUGCCACAUUCCAGUCUUCUGUUGGAUUUCUGCAAUAGUCCUUGAACACAUGCUGAAACACAAGAGAGAAGAGAUGCCCAAGACUCUGACUGAGAUGUACACACACCUUGUGGUGUUUCAUACCAAACAGAAGAAUGAAAAGUAUCUUGGGAAAGAAGAGACAGGUCCACACCACUGGAAUAAAGAGAGCAUUCUGUCUUUGGGAAAACUGGCUUUUCAACAGCUUGUGAAAGGCAAUCUGAUUUUCUAUGAAGAAGACCUGAAAGAAGCUGGCAUUGAUGUCAGUGAAGCCUCAGUGUACUCAGGAUUGUGCACACAGCUCUUUAAAGAGGAAUGUGGGCUGUACCAGGACAAGGUGUACUGCUUUGUUCAUCUGAGCAUUCAGGAGUUUCUGGCUGCUGUAUAUGUGUUCCUCUCAUUCAUCAACAACAGCGAGAAUCUAAUGGAUGAACCUCAAUCAAUGUUCAGAUACUUUUCGUCACUCUUCAGAAACAAGCCUGAAGUUACUGAAGUUACUUUCUACAAGAGUGCUGUGGAUAAAGCCUUACAAAGUGAGACGGGAAACCUGGACCUUUUCCUCCGCUUCCUUCUGGGCCUCUCACUGGAGUCCAAUCAGAAGCACUUACGAGGUCUACUGACAAAGACAAGAAGCAGCUCACACAGCCAUGAAGCAACAGUCAAGUACAUCAAGGAGAAGAUCGGGAAGAAUCCCUCUCCAGAGAGGAGCAUCAAUCUGUUCCACUGUCUGAAUGAACUGAAUGACCAUUCUCUAGUGGAGGAGAUCCAAAGCUACCUGAGCUCAGGAAGUCUCUCAAAACCCAACCUGUCACCUGCACAGUGGUUAGCUCUGGUCUUUGUGUUGCUGACUUCAGAAAAGGAGCUGGAUGUGUUUGACCUGAAGAAAUACUCCAGAUCAGAGGAAGGUCUUCUGAGGCUGCUGCCAGUGGUCAAAGCCUCCAGAGUUGUUCUGCUGUCAGGCUGUCUAGUCACAGAGGAAGGCUGUGCUUCUCUGGUCUCAGCUCUGAGGUCAAACCCCUCACACCUGAGAGAGCUGGAUCUGAGUAACAAUGACCUGAAGGAUUCAGGAGUGGAGCUGCUCUCUGCUGGACUGGAGAAUCCCCACUGUAAACUGGAGACUCUGAGGCUGUCAGGCUGUCUAGUCACAGAGGAAGGCUGUGCUUCUCUGGUCUCAGCUCUGAGGUCAAACCCCUCACACCUGAGAGAGCUGGAUCUGAGUAACAAUGACCUGAAGGAUUCAGGAGUGAAGCUGCUCUCUGCUGGACUGGGGAAUCCCCACUGUAAACUGGAGACUCUGAGGCUGUCAGGCUGUCUAGUCACAGAGGAAGGCUGUGCUUCUCUGGUCUCAGCUCUGAGGUCAAACCCCUCACACCUGAGAGAGCUGGACCUGAGUAACAAUGACCUGAAGGAUUCAGGAGUGAAGCUGCUCUCUGCUGGACUGGGGAAUCCCCACUGUAAACUGGAGACUCUGAGGCUGUCAGGCUGUCUAGUCACAGAGGAAGGCUGUGCUUCUCUGGUCUCAGCUCUGAGGUCAAACCCCUCACACCUGAGAGAGCUGGACCUGAGUAACAAUGACCUGAAGGAUUCAGGAGUGAAGCUGCUCUCUGCUGGACUGGGGAAUCCCCACUGUAAACUGGAGACUCUGAGGCUGUCUGGGUGUCUAGUCACAGGGGAAGGCUGUGCUUCUCUGGUCUCAGCUCUGAGGUCAAACCCCUCACACCUGAGAGAGCUGGACCUGAGCUACAAUCACCCAGGAGACUCAGGAGUCAGACUGCUCUCUGCUGGACUGGAGGAUCCACACUGCAGACUGGAGAAACUCAAUGUGGAACAUGGUGGAGAGAACAGAAUGAAACCUGGGCUUAGAAAAUAUGUCUGUGAUCUCACACUGGACCUAAACACAGUAAACAGACUCCUCUCUCUGUCUGAGGAGAACAGAAAGGUGACAUGUAGGAGAGAGGAGCAGCCGUAUCCUGAUCACCCAGAGAGAUUUGAGGACUGUAGACAGGUGCUGUGUAGAGAGGGUCUGACUGGGCGCUGUUACUGGGAGGUAGAGUGGAGUGGGAUAAUGGGGUCUGUUAUAGGAGUGACAUAUAAAGGAAUCAGCAGGAGAGGAAGGGGUGAUGACUGUUAUCUUGGAUACAAUGACAAGUCCUGGAGUCUGUUCUGCUAUGACAACAGAUACAGAGCCUGGCACAAUAAUAAUCCCACUACCAUAGACGUCUCCCCCUCCAGCCCCCACAGAGUAGGAGUGUAUCUGGACUGGCCAGCCGGCACUCUGUCCUUCUAUAGAGCCUCCUCUGACACACUGACCCACCUGUACACAUUCACCUCCACAUUCACUGAGCCCCUCUAUCCAGGGUUUGGGGUUUGGUUUAAUGAUGGUGACUCAGUGUCUCUCUGUCAGUGAUACACACGCACACUGGACACACUCACACACACUGGACUCACACACACACACACUGAACUCACACACACAUUACACACACAAACACUGGACAAACACACACACACUGGACUCACACACACACACACACACACACAUUCAAACUGGACAAACACACACACACUGGAUAAACACACACACACACUGGAAAAACACACACAUUCACACUGGACAAACCCACACACACCGGACUCACACACACACACACACUGGACAAAAACACACACACUGGACAAACACACUGGACUCACAUUGGACACACACACACUGGACACACACACACUCACAAACACUGGACACACACACACUGGACUCACAGACACACACUGGACACACUGGACAAACAAACACACACUGGACACACACUGGACAAACAAACACACACUGGACACACACUGGACAAACAAAAACACACUGGACAAACACACACACUAGACAAACAAACAUACACACAAACACAGUGGGCACACAUACAGGAAACACACACAGGACACACAAACACACACACUCUGACACACUGGACAAACACACACUCACUGGACAAACACACAUAACAAAUUGUACAAUUAUAUACAAUUAUAUAUGGACAUACGCUCCAUAGUUGUACAAGUAUACAAGGAUAUAUUGUACUUUUCAUAAUAAAACACACUUGAAACAAGAAAA